CUGAACUCUUUCGCAAACGGCGCAAGUCCAAACAGCACUCACUAUGGCGGCGAUAUACAAGCCCACCGAAGCGAUCCAGCUCCUUCGCCCCAUCACGAAACGACCCGUUUGUGUACAACGGAGACGGGCGGCGCGCGUAGCAUUCUCUACGUCUCGGCCCACACGAUCAACAGAAACGAGCAAAGGUCCUCCACAGCCUACAAGGAGGGCAGUCACAAUCGCCAAUGACACAGGCGCGGUACGGUGGAGUGAAUUGUCGCCAGGAGAAAAGGCGUCGCGAACUGUGCAGCAGUCCUUCAACCUGUCCGUAGUCCUCGUGGGCAUCGUCAUGACAUGUGGCGUGGGCUACUUCCUCUUCGCCGACGUCUUCAGCCCCGACUCCAAGACCGCACACUUCAACCGCGCGACAACCGCCAUCCGCGCCCACCCCGAAUGCCAGCGCCUGCUCGGCCCCGGAAACGAAAUCGCGGCGCACGGCGAAGCGUCGUGGUCGCGCUUGGCUCGCAAUCGGUACCUGUCGUCUAGCACUGAGACGGACAAGUGGGGCACCGAGCACUUGAGGUUCAGGUUCUACGUCGAGGGACCGUUGGGACAGGGCGUUGCGCAUGUGCAUCUAACCAAGAGGCCCAGCCAGAACGAGUACGAGUACCAUACGCUGGCGGUGGAUGUGAAGGGUCACCAGAGGGUAUAUCUAGAGAAUGCGGAUGGGAAGGCAGGGGGAAAGGUUGCGCCCAAGAUCUUUGGCGCGCGGUGGUGGUGAACGGAUGAUAGAGAUAUUGGCCGAGUAAAAGUACGGGUUCCAGUCGUGGAACUUGGACGUGUAGGAUAGGAGCACCCAAAAGUACUUGGGAGUGUCUUAGCGUCUGUCGUAAAGGUGUUCAAGUUGACGCAGCCUCCUUUUUGCACGAGGACACGCAACAUAAUUUCCGCACCAUUAUCAUGAUAGACCCUAGCAAAGAACUUAUGAGCACAGAACAAAUACGCAGA